AUGCUGCCUGCAACAUUUAAAUUGUGCGCUGGAAUAUCGUACAGACAUCUUCGCAACAUGACAGGUCUUAGAAAAACAGCUGCAGUGGCUCUUUCUCAUGAACUGGAAAAGUUUGCCCUAGCUGGACCAGGGCCUAGUAAAUGGAUCAAUCAAGUCCGAAGGAGAAGUUCCCUUUUAAGUUCUAGACUUGAUGAAAAACUGUACAGUGAUGUUGAAAUGUCGUAUAUUACACAAGGUGAAGAGGCCUUAAACAAAUCAAUGAGCAUUUUAAGCAAUCAGGAUGGAUGGAAGAUAGAGAUUACAGCGGAAAAUGGAGAUAAAGUUCUAAGUAAGGUUCUCCCAGAUAUCGGCAAAGUCUUCAAAUUGGAGGCAGUGGUUGAGCAGCCCUUGGACAAUGUUUAUAAUGAACUGGUAGAUAAGAUGGAGAAAAUGGGGGAGUGGAAUCCUAAUGUCAAAGAAGUCAAGAUACUCCAGAAGAUUGGGAAGGACACUGUGAUAACCCACGAGAGAGCAGCAGAGACUCCUGGGAAUAUUGUUGGCCCAAGGGAUUUUGUGAGUGUAAGAUGCAGCAAAAGAAGAGGCUCCACCUGCAUCCUAGCAGGAAUGUCAACAAGAUAUGGAGGCAUGCCAGAGCAGAAGGGAUAUAUAAGGGCAGAGAAUGGUCCAACUUGUAUGGUUCUUCAUCCAGUGGUUGAAGACCCUUCAAAAACAAAAUUAACCUGGCUUCUCAGUAUUGAUCUAAAGGGAUGGCUUCCUAAAUCCAUCAUCAACCAGGUCCUGUCUCAAACACAAGUGGAUUUUGCCAAACACCUCCGCACACGAGUUUCUACGACACCUUACACUUUCAACUGUUGUUGA